GCCGGCGUCAGCGCCGAGAGUGGAGUUCCAACUUUCAGAGGAGCCGGAGGAUUCUGGAGGAAGUGGCAGGCUCAGGAACUAGCCACCCCCGAGGCCUUUGCCCGGAACCCGUCCCGGGUCUGGGAGUUCUACCACCACCGCCGCGAGGUCAUGCUAACCAAGCAGCCCAACGCCGCCCACCGGGCCAUCGCGGCGUGUGAGCAGCGGCUGGCCCGGCAGGGCCGGAGCGUCACGGUGAUCACCCAGAACAUCGACGAGCUGCACCGCCGGGCCGGGUCGGAACACGUCCUGGAGAUCCACGGAAGUCUGUUCAGAACUCGCUGCAUGAGCUGCGGUCAGGAAACCUCCAACUACAACAGCCCCAUCUGCCCCGCCCUGGAGGGCAAAGGGGCUCCAGAUCCAGACACUCAUGACGCCCAGAUUCCUGUGGAUCAGCUGCCGCGGUGUUCCGGCUGCAACGGUCUCCUCAGACCAGCCGUCGUCUGGUUUGGAGAAACUCUGGAUUCUGACGUUCUGACCCGAGUGGAGAAAGUUCUUGACGGCUGUGACCUCUGCCUGGUGGUGGGAACCUCCUCCGUGGUUUACCCGGCGGCCAUGUUUGCCCCCCAGGUGGCCGCCAGAGGAAUUCCUGUAGCCGAGUUCAACAUGGAGGACACGCCGGCCACCAUGAGGUUCAGGUUCCACUUCCAGGGCCCGUGUGGCUCCACGCUGCCGCCGGCGCUGGAGGCCUGAGGACCGGACCCCCCAAUGAGGACCGGACCCCCCCCCCCCCUUCCUGAGGUCCGGACCCCCCCAGGACCGAACCCCCCCCCCCGAGGACCGGACCCCCGAAUCAGGACCGGACCCCC